UUUAAUUAAGUUUGUUUUAAUAACCUUUUCUUCUUUCGGCAAAUGCAAUAACAAUUUGUUGUGUAUUAAAAACAAAAGUUACACGAGAGAUAAAGACGAGCAAACGAAUUGGACGGUUGGGUGUAAGCCAAUUCUGUCUCCUUCUUGUUAAAAGACAAACCACCACCGUUCCCUUCAUCCUCUCCCUCUCCCUCUCCUCCAUUUCCUUCUUCUCUAUCUCCAUGGCUUCUGGAUCUUACUGGUGCUACAGCUGCAACCGCUUCGUCUGGGUCUCCUCCUCCUCCUCCUCCUCCAUCUCCUGCCCCGACUGCGACGGAGGCUUCCUCGAACACAUCCAACAACCCCCCGACUCCCUCCACCGAAGAAGCCCCACGCGCUUCCCUCUCUCCUCCACCCACGCGCCCCUCACUCGUAGCAGCACCAACCGCUCUCCCAAUCCGGUAAUCGUCCUCCGCGGAUCCGACGCCUCCGCAGCCCCAGACCGAUCCGCUUUCCAGAUGUACUACGGCGACGGCUCCAGCUCUGGCCUCAGGCCGUUACCCCCGAGCAUGACGGAGUUUCUGCUCGGCUCCGGAUUCGAUCGGUUGCUGGAUCAGAUCUCUCAGAUCGAUCGCGGCUCGUGCGAUGAUCACCCUCCCGCUUCGAAAUCGGCGAUCGAAGCGUUGCCUGUGAUCGAGAUCGAUCGGAUUCAUCUCGAGUCGGACUCUCAGUCUCACUGCGCGGUCUGCAAAGAGAAUUUCGAGCUGAAAUCGCCGGCGAAGGAGAUGCCGUGUAACCAUAUAUAUCAUCCUGACUGUAUCCUCCCUUGGCUCGCUAUUAGGAACUCGUGCCCAGUGUGCAGGCACGAGCUCCCGGCCGAGGCUGUUACAGUAGCGGAUGGUGGUGAUGAGUCUGCGGCGGGAUUGACGAUUUGGAGGCUACCGGGAGGAGGAUUCGCGGUGGGGAGGAUUCCGGGAGGAGAUAGAGUGAUGCCGGUGGUGUACACGGAGGUAGACGGUGGGAGAUUGGGGGAGGAGAGGAUUCCGAGGAGAGUAGCGUGGGGGUCGAGGAGAGGAGGAGGAGGGGGAGGGUUUACGGGUCGGAUCAUGAGACUGUUUGGAUGUUUUAGCGGGUCGUCUGGAUCCGUAGCGUCCGGGUCCGGGUCGAGAUCGAGGGUAACUAGUAGGAGCAGGUCUUCGUCUUUGUCUAUGUUCAGUACAGCUGCGUCUUCCUCGAGGAGACGAAAUUGGCUAGCUCGGAUAAAUUAAGCCUCUCAUCAAAGGUAAAACAAAUGGUGAAAUAAAAAACCAAAUAAACACCCUUCUGUUUAAAUUUUUGUCUUUUCAGUGUAAUGAUUAUAUUCUUUCCAAGAAAAUUGAAUCUAUUCGAGUAAAUUGAUACAAAAGGUUUAUGUGA